GGUCAGGGCUGCACUGGACGCGCAGGGUGGGCUCCGCAGCCGCGCGAGCUGAAGACCCCGGACGACCACCUGCGCCCGCCCGAGGACGCCGCACGCCGAGGGACCCGGGGACGCCAGUCUGGGCCGGGGGCCGCGCUGCGGAGCCGCCCACGUCGCGCUCCAGGACAAGGAGCUGGCAGGAUGGGUGUCUGGUCAUGCUGAUCUCCCCUCGGGACAGCCAGCCAGCAUCCCGGUCAUGGAGGACUGCAAGGUGCAUUCAGCUGCCAGCAUCCUGGCCUCAGUGAAGGAGCAGGAGGCCCGCUUUGAGAGGCUGACCCGGGCCCUGGAGCAGGAAAGGCGCCAUGUUGCCCUGCAGCUGGAGCGUGCCCAGCAGCCUGGUGUGGGCAGUGGUGGUGUAGGCAGUGGACAGCCCCUGCCAAUGGCCUGGCAACAGCUUGUCCUGCAGGAGCAGAGCCCGGGCAGCCAGGCCUCACUGGCUACGAUGCCAGAGGCACCUGAGGUGCUGGAGGAGACGGUGACAGUGGAGGAGGACCCUGGCACUCCCACUUCCCAUGUGUCCAUCGUCACAUCGGAAGAUGGCACCACUCGUCGCACGGAGACCAAGGUCACCAAGACAGUCAAGACAGUGACCACGCGAACUGUGCGCCAAGUGCCUGUGGGCCCCGAUGGCCUCCCGCUGCUGGAUGGCGGCCCCCCACUGGGCCCCUUCACCGACGGCCCCCUAGACCGGCACUUCCUUCUGCGUGGAGGCGGCCCGGCAGCCACACUCUCCCGAGCCUGCCUCAGCGGUGGGAGUGGCUUUCCUGACGAGCCCCGUGAUGUCCCCAGCUAUGGCAGCCUGUCCCGCGGGCUGGGCGUGCGGCCCCCGCGUGGAGGCCCCCUUGGCCCAGGCCCUGGUGAUGGCUGCUUCACACUGCCUGGCCGCCGUGAGGCCUUUCCCCCAGGCCCUGAGCCUGUGCCACCGGCCGGCCGAUCCCAGCCCGAGCGGUUCCAGGCAGAGCCCUACGGCUUGGAGGAUGACACUCGCAGCCUGGCUGCCGAUGACGAGGGUGGCCCGGAGCUGGAGCCUGACUAUGGCACAGCCACAAGGAGGAGGCCAGACUGUGGGCGUGGCCUUCGCACCAGGGCCUAUGAGGACGUGGCGGAUGAUGGCGGUGAGCUGAUGGAGGAGCGGCCCCCAUUCCCGGUCACAACAGCGCCCCUGGCCCAGCCUGAACGUGGCAGCCUGGGUAGCCUGGACCGGGCGGUGCGGCGCUCACCCUCGGUGGACAGUGCCCGCAAGGAGCCGCGCUGGCGGGAUCCCGAGCUGCCUGAGGUGCUGGCUAUGCUGCGGCACCCGGUGGACCCUGUGAAAGCCAACGCGGCUGCCUACCUGCAGCACCUGUGCUUCGAGAAUGAGGGCGUCAAGCGUCGCGUGCGGCAGUUGCGUGGGUUGCCACUGCUCGUGGCCCUACUGGACCACCCUCGAGCAGAGGUGCGGCGCAGGGCCUGUGGGGCGCUGAGGAACCUCUCCUAUGGCCGGGAUUCCGACAACAAGGCUGCCAUCCGGGACUGCGGUGGUGUGCCCGCCCUGGUGCGCCUGUUGCGGGCUGCUCGUGAUAGCGAGGUCCGUGAGCUCGUCACAGGCACACUCUGGAACCUGUCAUCCUAUGAGCCUCUGAAGAUGGUCAUCAUUGACCAUGGCCUGCAGACGCUGACCCAUGAGGUCAUUGUGCCGCACUCGGGCUGGGAGCCAGAACCCAAUGAGGACUCCAAGCCACGGGAUGCUGAGUGGACAACUGUCUUCAAGAACACGUCGGGCUGCUUGAGGAAUGUGAGCUCAGACGGUGCAGAGGCGCGGCGGCGGCUCCGAGAGUGUGAGGGGCUGGUGGACGCACUGCUGCACGCCCUGCAGUCGGCUGUGGGCAGGAAGGACACAGACAACAAGUCGGUGGAGAACUGCGUGUGCAUCGUGCGGAACCUGUCCUACCACGUGCACAAGGAGGUGCCUGGGGCCGACAGGUACCAGGAGGCUGAGCCUGGGCCCCCAGGUGGUGCUGUGGGCUCCCAGCGCCGGAGGAGGGAUGACGCCGGCUGCUUUGGUGGCAAGAAGGCCAAAGGGAAGAGGGAUGGUGAGGUGGACCAUAACUUUGACACCUUGGACCUGCCCAAGAGGACUGAGGCUGCCAAAGGCUUUGAGCUGCUGUACCAGCCCGAGGUGGUGCGUCUCUACCUGUCCCUCCUGACGGAGAGCCGGAACUUCAACACCCUGGAGGCUGCAGCCGGUGCCCUGCAGAACCUCAGCGCUGGCAACUGGGUGUGGGCCACGUACAUCCGCGCCACGGUGCGCAAGGAGCGCGGGCUGCCAGUGCUGGUGGAGCUGCUGCAGUCGGAGACUGACAAGGUGGUGCGCGCCGUUGCUAUCGCCCUGCGCAACCUCUCGCUGGACCGGCGCAACAAGGACCUCAUCGGGAGCUACGCCAUGGCAGAGCUGGUGCGAAAUGUGCGCAGCGCGCAGGCCCCUGCGCGGCCGGGAGCCCGCCUGGAAGAAGACACAGUGGUGGCCGUGCUCAACACCAUUCACGAAAUCGUGUCCGACAGUCUGGAUAACGCGCGCUCGCUGCUGCAGGCCCGUGGUGUGCCCGCGCUCGUGGCACUGGGCGCGGCCAGCCAAUCCGCGCGGGAGGCGAAGGCCGCGUCCCACGUGCUGCAGACCGUGUGGAGUUACAAGGAGCUGCGUGGUGCCCUGCAGAGGGAUGGCUGGACCAAGGCGCGCUUCCAGUCGACCGCUGCUAAUGCUAAGGGGCCCAAGGCAGCACCGAGCCCCGGAGGCUUGGACGACAGCACGCUGCCGCUGGUGGAUAAGAGCCUCGAUGGUGGCGAGAAGCCAGGCAGCCGGGACAUGAUCCCCAUGGAGGCACUUAGUUCGGAUGGGUACUCCACCGUUGACCGGAGGGAGCGGAGAGCUCGAGGCAGUGACCCUACAGGGGAGGCCUCUGAGAAGGAACCGUUGAAACCCAACCCCACCAGGAAGGUUCCUCCUCUGGGGCCCAGCAGGCCCGCCGUCAGGCUGGUGGACGCCGUGGGGGAUGCUAAGCCUCAGCCCGUUGACUCCUGGGUCUAGUUUGCAUGCCGGGGUCUGGGCCCAGCCUUUGGUUCCUAGGAUCUAAUCUCCGAAGAAGGGACCUCCGCGCCGGCCGCGCAGAGCCAGCUGUGGAGCUCGGCGCCCCCUGGCGGCGGGGGCCGGUAGCGCCUCUCAACAGAGCCGGAGCGGUGGCGGGGGGUGGUGGGGCGGCCAUUCUGAACACGCCUCCCUCCCCGCCCUCACUCUUUCCCUCCCAAGUCCUGGGCCAGUUAGUUCACCCACGUGGGCCAGUUAGUUCACCCACGUGGUGCUGUGUGCGAGUGAGAGGCUGGCGGGGCGCUGGCCGGCCCAGGCGAGGGCCGCCUGGUGGGUCCUAGGGCCCCGCAGCCGUGCAGGGGGCGCUCAGGGAAGGAGUCGGACCUGGAGGGUGGAGGGGCUUCCCUGGGCCCCUAGUCUGGGGCUGCUCAGGGUCGGCCCACACGGAGGCUUUGGAGGCAGUGAGCAGGGGGUCAGGCUGCUUGCCCCACCCGCCCUUGGACGCGUGGGGCCCACAGCUGGCCUCCCCUGCGCAGCUCUGGCCCGAGGGGCACCUCUGGGACUGACCUUUGGCAGCAGUGGGGGGACUGCUGUUCAGUGCCUGCUGUUUGCGACUUAUAAACAAGAAAAACACUGACGAAAAGCAUUAAAGACUGUAUUGGUAAACAUCUAAAUUUUUGUAAGAAAACUUGAAAAUUAAAAAAAGCAGUAAAGGAA